UUAUCUAAACCCAGAAGCAUUUAACGCCGACAGUAGAGAUGACUUCUCUCCGAAGCUGAACUCAUGCAGUAAUUUAUUUUUGAAAGUUGGAUUACAGCGGAGUCACUUGAACUGAGAGGAAAUAUUGUCUGCCAGAUGCUGCCCCGAAGAAAUCAGCGGAAUCCCGUGCUGUCAACGGCAGUGUGGCGAGUGUAGAUAAGCCCCCUUAUGAGGUGAGAACCCUUCCCCGUCCUCCAGUAUCCUCUCCCAGUACCAACAGCAGGAAUAAGGGAUGUCACGGCUGUUCCUCCUAUUGGCAAUGCUGAUUGUCUCCUGCAGCAUUGAGGUGUCUCCUGCUGCUACUCUGGAUAAGCUGAAGGAGAGUUGGAAAUUGUACAGGGAGGAGUGUGAGCACAACAACAGCCAAGACCCACCAAGCACCGGCCUUGUGUGCAACAGGAAAUUUGACAAUUACGCCUGUUGGCCUGAUGGACUCCCCAACACCACUGUCAGUGUGUCGUGUCCUUGGUACCUGCCGUGGCACCAUAAAGUUCAGCACGGCAUGCUGUAUCAGGAAUGUGAUGCAAACGGCCAGUGGGUGACUACAAAGAAUACCAGCGAGUGUGACUCUAAUGAUCAAAGUCAGCAGUACUAUGGCCAUAUUCGGAUCAUGUACACAGUGGGCUAUUCUUUAUCACUGGUGGCUUUGGUGUUGGCGCUUGGCAUCCUCAUAUUCUUCAGGAAACUGCACUGCAUGAGGAACAACAUCCACAUGAAUCUGUUUGCCUCCUUCAUCCUACGAGCGCUAUCUAUCCUCAUCAAAGACGCUCUGUUGGACGCCAACAUCACAUUGCAGGACCUCAGCAGUGACCAGGAGCAGGGAUUCCCGCAGGCAUCUAUGCCUCCAGUGGAGCUGCUGGUCAACAAUGAGACAGCGGUCAGCUGUCGCAUCGCCAUGGUGAUGAUGCAGUAUAGUAUCAUGGCCAACAGCUACUGGCUGCUGGUGGAAGGCAUCUACCUCCACAACCUGCUGGUCAUCACUGUGUUUACAGAGAGGAACUACUUCAAAAUUUACCUUUGCAUUGGCUGGGGUACCCCGCUAAUAUUCCUCGUGCCCUGGGUGAUAGCUAAAUACCUAUAUGAAAAUCAAGAGUGCUGGGGGCAAAAUAUAAACAUGAAUUAUUGGUGGAUCAUCCGUUCCCCGAUACUGCUAGCAGUUGUGAUCAACUUCCUUAUCUUUAUCCAUAUUAUCAAAAUUCUUGUAUCAAAACUUCGAGCACACCAAAUGAGAUACACAGAUUAUAAAUUCAGGUUGGCUAAGUCGACCCUAACCCUGAUCCCUCUGCUGGGCAUCCAUCAGGUGGUCUUUAUCUUUGUCACAGACGAGUCCACCAAGGCCACCAUCGGACUGCGUCUCACCAAGCUCUUCAGCGACCUCUUCUUCUCCUCCUUCCAGGGUCUCUUGGUGGCCAUCUUGUACUGCUUUGUCAACAAAGAAGUGCAAUCAGAGAUCUUGAAGAAGUGGAAGCGCUGGAAGCUUGGGAGGAACAUCGAGGAGGAAUACCGCCACACCUACAGCAAUACCCCCAACACGAAGACAGCGAGCCUGUUAAACCACGUCUCUCGACUGCCUCAUCUCCCAGACAUCGCCAAAACCUCUUCCCCGGUCUGCAGCCCUGAGGAGACGCACAUGCUUGUGGCUGGAUGCCACAACGGUAUUGCAGGCCAGUGCGCCUCCCCACUUCACGAGGGAACCAUCAGCAACUGCAGCCUACUGGAGGACAUCAGCCUUACUGACAAGGUGCAGUGUUACGAGGUUCAGAGAGAGAACGUGGAGAGCCAACUGUGAAAGGCGCUGGGAAGAAGAACUUGAUGAAGAAAGUUAGAGGGUCUUAAGCUCUCAUCUGGCUCUGCCAUACUUCCCUGGAUGGCUGUGAAGAGCUGUGCUGAUAGACUCAUCUCUCAGAGUGGUCUUUCACCAGAGAUUGGUGUCACUUGGAGAUUGAGCGAAGCGCAGCACUCUGCACAGCCUGAGAACGGAGAAUAAUACGGCAGACUCCCAUGCUGAGAUGUCUAAUGCGCUGUGAGCCGCGUAAAUGGAUUUCUGUAGAUGUUUGUCGGACAGUGGAAGAAAACAGCUGCAUGUUGAACAAUGCAACAACAGCAUAUCAAGGCAGAUAAGCCAUGUAAAAUAAUAAGACGAAAACCUCAAACCUCAAAUAGCAACGAUGGAAACAAAAUAAGACAAAACAAAAAAAAGAAACAGGGUCUUUGCUUGAGCCUCUGCUUUACUUACUGUGCUGUGUAUCAAAUGUGUGUUUUGUGGUACAAGAGGUUAAAGACAAACUGGACAUUGAACUGCAUACACAAAAAAGACCAAACAAGUGACUUAAAACAAGAUGGUAGGAAACAGAGUUGUUUUUUUCUUGCUUUGCUUUGAUAUCUGUGAUUUUUGUUUAUCCUGACUGUGAUGGAAAUGUAAAAAACAAAAAAAGAAACAUUCUGCCGGCUGUACCUCGUUCAGUAAGGUGACCACAGUGACCACACCUGGGAAUUGGCAGCUGCUCUCACCAGAUUACUGGCUUACAUACCAAGAAAUGGUAUGGGGUCAAUUAUAAAUUAGUUGAAAUGAUCAUUGCUUGACUAUGUGUUUUACAGUAAAGUGUUUUUUUAUAUAGGUCUAAACCUUGGAUACUACCGAGUGCUACAGUUGUAACUGUGUAAAUGUGCCAGGUGUGUUUUCAAGGAAUAGUUGCAACUCUGUGCCAGUAAAUAUCUUUUCUUUUUCCCCUGCCAUCAAGAUGUUGUCUGACUCACAUAGCCCUGACCUUCCACACAAUAGCCCACUCAACCCUUAAGAUGAAAGCUGAGAGAGUAAACUGUGCACUCAAAUCAAGGAUAAAAAUACACAGCAUAUAGACAUGGCCUGUAGAGAUACACAUGCAUAAAGUAUGAAUCCAACACUGUGACUCAAAGUAACGUGUCAUCUCUGGCACAAGAGUUUUCCAGCGAGUUUAAACAUAGGAUGUCGUGCAAGCAGAUUGCACAUAUUUAGUUUGAAUUAUAAUUUGUGUGACUCAUACAGUGCCAUCACAUCAGUAUCUCCACUGUGAAAAUGCAAAGAAAGAAAAUAAAAAUACUUUUAAUGAUUGCCUGCAACCGGUUAUUAUACAGACAGUUUUUAAUAUUCAUCUUAUCCUGUGUGUGCUGGGGCUGUGGACUCUUAUAGAACAAAACUCUGCACCCUAAAAGUUGAACAAAACCUCUCUGGUAAACAUUCUAGUGACAAAGAAAGCUAAAUUAGCAGUGGUACAUUUGCCUCUGAAUACAUCGCAUUUAUUUUUAAAGAAUGGAAGCCUCCUGCAGAGCGUUAAUUAAUGUUUGAGUUGCAACUCAACUUGACUUUGUAUGUAUGACUAUUUGCACAAUGUUAAUUUAUAAUUGCUAAAUACUGUGUGUGUAUAUAUGUGUUUAUACAGGUGAUUUAUUUCAGUGCUGUCAAUAUAUUUCUUGGCAUGUCUGUGUGUGUGUGUGUGGGUGUGUGUGUGUGUGUGUGUGUGUGUGUGUGUGUGUGUGUGUGUGUGUGUGUGUGUGUGUGUGUGUGUGUGUGUGUGUGUAUUUUCAAGUGGGUAUGAAUGUGUGUAGUAUUUCAGAUUCGUGGAUGUGUUGCAGUAGGAUGAAUCAUUGGCUGCAGCCAGAUAAGCGCUUGGUUGAUAUGAACCCGUACAACUUGCUUCACACAGAGCACAGAGAUCAGUAGUCGCUGUGUGUCCCACUCUAGCAUAUACAGUAUCACAUCACAUAUAUUCCCAGAACUCAUGCCUAUAUAAGGCAUACGAGGGACACGGCUCUGUGUUUCAUUAUGGAAGCUACCCUCAGAGUCAUUUUGUGCUUCAGAGCUAAAUUAGAGCACAACAGCAGCAUGUUUGUCAUUCAGAUAAUAGCUCUGUGCAUUUACACUUCAGCCAGGAAGUUUUGAGUCGGUAGGCUGAGGCUAUUUUCCAUCAGCGUCUGCAGAGGAUUGUAAUAGAGCAGGUGAGCUGAAGUGAGCUGGGAGCAUUACACACGCUGGCUCUGCUGUUGCCCAGAGGUGAAUUUGCAGUGUUGUUCUUGUUUUCCAGAGUAAUAUAUAGAUACUGAUACAGUAAAAAAGGAAUGUUGUGCACAGUAAAAUAGUAUUCAGUAGAGAAUAUGAGUAUGGUCAAAGUAUAUUGCUAAUUUUAUUUCAAAUGAAUACAUGUAUUUUAAGCUGUGACCAUGUAUGUUUUUGAAGCCAGCAGCUUGGGUCACUCCCCUUGCUGGACCAACGUGGUUCGGUCUGAAUGUAUUCUAUAAGGGGCCCGAAUCAGUAUGUUCCUUUUUAUUUUCUCUUAAAGGUGGUUAUGUACAGUAUAUUUGCUGUGAGGAACCAAUCAGUAAAAGCUGACUGUGUUCAGGUGUAUACAGUUCAUCAUAUAUUGUGUCUGCUUAUCAAACGCUGUCCAAAUGGUGAAAGAAUAAAUUACAAUGUAUGUGAAAGAGUA